UUCCCAGAGCCAGAGACACACACUCUGGGAUCAAGAAGGAGUACAGUCUGGGUGAGAUGGAUAUUGGUAUGGAUGUUACACUUGUAAGCUGAAGGAUGAAGACGGUGUAAAUGCAUGUAGAUAAUAUGAAAUACAUAGACAGAUGCAACUUCACAGCACAGAUGUAUGGAUGCUAGAACUCGAACUGUUGAAGCUCACCACAUUGCAAGCAGCAGAAGCCAGUGCUACGAAUACACCUAUGAGAAGAUGUCUCCAGUGCUCUUUGGAGUGAUUUUGGCUAAUGCAAUGAUUAAAGGUAUGUGUGAACCAACUCAAUCAUGGUCAGACAGGGCAGAAAGAGGACUUUUGGAUGUGCCAGACUCUAACCUUCUGAGCCAGAAUGAAGCAGUGUAUCAUCUUGUGAACACAUCGUUCAGUUUUGAACAAGCUCAGCGUUACUGCCGUGGUCAGUCCAGCACCCUCACAACCUCAGGGGUCAAAGAGGAUGAGGAGGGAGCCCGGCAGAUACUCUCUAAAUCCAACCUGAAGGGCCCAGUUUGGUUUGAAACCAACAGAAAACAGAGCGGGACACCUCAUCUGCCCCUUCCCAAACAAAAAACGAUCCUCAGAGGAUUGUCUUUCACGUCUAAGGACGGCUAUGCCCGUGUGCACGCGUCGUUCCCGGCACUGUCCGCGGUGAGCGUUUGCGCGCGCUUGCAGUGGGACCCGCGGCACAAGAACGUGUCCACGGUGUUCUCGUACGCAGCGCCGGUUUUCGUCAAUGAAUUCCAGCUCCGCGGACAGAUUGACGAGCCCAAGGGAGAUCAUGAGAGAAAGGUCCGCCUAGCGCUUCUUAUUCAAGGACAGCAUCAUCCCUACAAAGCCGAGCUGCCCAUUGAUGAAGACUGGCACCAGGUUUGCGUCACGUGGCGCUCGAGCGAUGGAUUUUGGGCAAUUUAUGUGGACGGAAAAAUGGGAGAUUCUGGGAAAGGGGAAACUCGGGGAAAUGCAAUGGAUAUCCACGGAGACGGUAUAUUUAUAUUGGGGCAGGACCAGGAUAGUUUCGGUGGGACUCUCACGGAGCCGUUUUUUGGAAACUUGACUGAUCUGAAUGUUUGGGGUGAAGCUCUGGAGGACCAGAAUGUGACGGAGAUGAACACCUGCUCGCAGCUGACCAAUCACAGAGCCGUAUUCAGAUGGCAGGACUGGAACCUCACUGUCCAUCAGUCUGUCCAGAAUCUGUCUGCUACACUCAAGUGUCCAGGGUCCCUGAAGACAACAAAGACACAAGAAAAGGAAUGUGAGGUUUUUAAUGGCUGGUCUGAUGGUCAGCCUCAGUACAGCACUGCCCCCUGCACACACACGCUCCCCUUCAUCUGCAGAAUGAGCAAAGAACACUCUCUGAAGAUGAAGGACCUGAGAGAAUCUUUAGCGCUCAACCCAAGCUCCUUCAUGCAAAGUGUCAUGCAGUAUGGCGUGACUGCAGACAAUGUGCUCUCUGAUACUGUAGAUGAGCAGAGCUGGGCCUCUGUGUCCCGUCUGUUGAACGUGUCUGAGCAGGUUGUUUUAAAGGAGCAGAAGCAGCUGGAGGACAGGGACAUGCUCUUUCUCAUGCAUGUUCUCUCUCGGGCCGCUGACCUGCCCAGCACCGCCAACCAUAGUCAGCGUGAUGUGGAGCGCCUCGGCCAGAGCUUCAUCACCAUUGCAGAUUCACUCAUCAGCCAAGACAAUGCCAGUAAAUGGAACAGCAUCAAAGAGGUAGUGAAGGGCCCAAUGGCAGUCAUACAGACUGUAGACCGCAUGGUGAGCAACCUUAACUUUCUACUGAAGGACGACACAGACCGUGUGCAGGUACACAGCGACAAAAUCAAGCUGCAAGUCCGACAGAAGCUGCUUUCUGAAGGUUCUCACGUUUCUGCGUUUUGUGGACCGGAUGCAGGAAAUCGUGACUGCAUCUCUGUCCCAGCUGAAAACAUGAAGGAACUACAAAACAAUGGCUUCCAAAAGGUGACUUUACUGAAUACAUGGUACAGCUCUGUGAAUUGUCUCUCAGAGAGAGAGGAAAACAUUACCCUUUCUCCUAUAGUCAGUGAUGGAUCUCAUAGGCAUCUGCGAACAGUCUUGGGCUCAUCGGUCAUCUCCAGUACAGUGCUGGCAGAUGGACAGCCGAUCAGCAUGACCGUAAAAUUCACACUCCAGCACAGGAUUCAGAACAGUUCACAGAAUUUGACACCUAUCUGUUCUUUUUGGGAUUUUGACCUGAUGCCAGAUGGGGGAGGUUGGUCAACAAAGGGUUGCACCUUUAUUUCCUCUCUAAAUAACUCAACUUCCUGUUCCUGUAACCACACUACCAACUUUGCCUUGCUGUUACAGAUUGCCGAAGUUCAGAGAAAUGAAGACGAGACAGGCCUGCAGAUCAUCAGUUUGAUUGGCUCUGGUGUGUCUCUGUGUGGUCUCAUCUUCACAUUUAUUCUCUUUGUGGCUGUUGGCGUUCCAAAGUCAGAUCGGACUACAGUUCACAAAAACCUGAUAGUGGCUCUGGCUGUAGCUCAGUUCCUGCUUAUUUUCAGCGACUGGGCUGAAGGAAACCAGGAAGCCUGUUGGUUGGUGACGGUGCUCCUGCAUCUGUUUUUCCUGUCGUCUUUCUGCUGGAUGCUGGUGGAGGGCUUGCUGCUCUGGAGUAAAGUGGUCUCUGUGAACAUCAGCGAGGAGAGGCGGAUGAAGCUGUACUAUGUGCUGGGCUGGGGGCUGCCGGUUAUUAUAGUUGUUGUAACCUUGGCAGCCACUUUGGAUCAGUAUAAAGCACAGCAGCACUGCUGGCUGAACCUUCAGUCGUAUGUUAUUUGGGCUUUUGCAGGGCCUGUGCUCUUUGUUUUGGCUGUCAACGCUGUGGUGCUUUUUCGGGUUGUUAUGGUUACAGUGGCCAGUGCACGUCGCAGAGCCAAAAUGCUAACACCCAGUUUUGAUUCGAAACUUCACACGCUGGAUCUUACCUGGGCAGCGGCGAGGCCAGUAUUGAUCUUGUUACCAGUGUUAGGUCUGACCUGGCUGUGUGGAGUGCUGGUGCACUUGUCUGUCUUCGUGGCCUAUCUGUUCAUCACACUCAAUGCUUUUCAGGGCCUGUAUAUUUUUCUGGUGUAUGCGGUUUACAACAGUGAGGUGCGAAAUGCUAUAAGAAGAAUUCAGGACAAGCGAAAAGCUUUGUCAUUUAUAAACUGCUCACAGCCUAUCAGCUUCUUGCGCUCCCAAAAAUCUCCCGGUGCUUCAUGGGUACACAGCCAGCCGACUCGUUCCAGCCCAGAGAGCAGCGAGAGCUCGACUCCCAUCACCACUUCCACAGCCAACUCGCUCGUCUUUAAGAACAAACGGUUUAAAGAUGACCAUAUUGUGAAUUUCCCAUUAAAACCACCCAACAGAAGUCAGGUGGUUCAGCUGACAGCCUUUAAGCCCUCAGGCUGUUGAGGGGAGAACUACACUACGGUUCUGCAUGGACCCGUGGCUUAUCCUGGGACGAGGACAUAGCUCAUUCUGUGGAGGAGCACACAUUGCCUCCUCCGCAAUCCUGCAGGCCGUCUCAUUCCCAGAGCUCAGUCUGUGCUGAGUGAGUACAUGUCUUUUGAUUAACAUGAAAUGACUCUUUCAGCCAACGUUCAAUGAGACUGUGCUCAGCAUGGCACAUAAAGACUUCUCAACAUUGUGUAUUCGGUCAUUAUUUUAUAAUGUAUAGAUGUUGUCAGAGUACAAAGGCUCAUAGUACUAAAAAAAGGACAACAAAGAGCAUCGCACCAUUAAUCAUGACCAGACAACAGAAUGAGUUGUUAGUGAUUUUUGACUUCGGUUGGGAACGAGCAGCCCAUAUCCGUGGAGAUUUCCAUUCAGUAUUUUGAAGAAACAGAAAACUGUGGACAUUGAAACCUAUCAGCUGUUUGAUCUUUCUGAAGAGACUGUUCAAAGUAUCAAUACAUCAUUUCAAUAACACAUUAUUUAAUUUACCUAAUCAUAAAAUAAUUUAUAUUUAAUGGUUGAUUCAUGCUGUAAUUCUACUACCCAAUUGAAAUAACAUAAAAAUGUAAAUAAUUAUCUUAUUGUAAUAGGUAUGACCAAUUUUUAUACAAUGCUUAUAAAAUGCAGUAUUACAUUUUCACUAUUAAAAGUAAAUUUGUUUAUUUUGAUGUGGAAAGUGUCUACUCCUGUACUCAUUAAUGAAUACUGCUAUUUUUUUAAAAUGAUACACAGGACAUUUUAUUUGAUUAGAAUAAAAAUGAAUAGAAGAAUAAUAGGUUCAAAUGGAUUUCAAAAGAAGCACUUUCUCUUUAUGUGCUUACAAAGGUGGCAACAUGUGUGAAUGUUUUCUGAUCUUCCCAUAACCUCUUUUUAUUGGCACACUGAAGAGACACUCAGAGCGGAGCAGCAUGUCUGUCUUUAGAAACAAGCCCAUUCAAAGUAAGAUUGCUUUUACACUGCCACACACACAGUCCUCAUACAACUACCACGUGGUUUGUAUUUUUUUUUAUUUUAUUGCAACCAGUUUUUUCACUUUAAUUGAAAGACAAAU